CUAAAGCAAAACCCGAUCGAGAAGCCCAGCUUAGAGCCAGCCGCCCCGAAAGAGCCUCCCGCCCGGCGGAGCAGGCAGCUUCCCCGCGGAGAGACCGCCAAGUCACGUGCUAGGCGCGGCGCUCGUCUCCACCGCCCGCUUCGGGGCUUCUGAGCCGCCUGGCUGGGUCUCCUGCCUCCCCGGUGUUAUAAAAGGCGGCGCCCGAUGGCGACCUCCCAGCCCAGCCGUCGCAAGCCUCCCGCAGCAUGAGCGGACCACCAACCCUGGCGCUGCUCUGCCUCAGCCUGGCCCUGCUGCUCAGCCCGCCCGCCGGGGCUUGGUACAAGCAGGCGGCCGGUCCCAGCUACUACUCGGUGGGCAGGGCGUCGGGGCUUCUCUCUGGCAUCCGCCGUUCGCCUUACAUGCGCCGCUCCGACGACAACGGCGUCGCGGACGGUAGUGCCGAGAGCGGCCCCGCCGCAUCCUCUCUCGCCAUGCCUGAGUCGCGGCAGAACUUCGGCGGGCUGCGCAACCUGGCAGUAUGUGUGAAGGAAGUGGCUCCAGAACUGCAAAGCUGCCAGCUACUGUCUGGUCUGCCCAGCAUCAUUCAGUGCAAAGCGGAUGUCACUGUCUCUUUGGACCCCACUGACUGUACUAUCCCAUAGCCUUGAGCUGGUGCCCUUCCCUAUAAAUUCUAUGGAGGCACCUGGAGGGGGACAGGCAGGCAAGAGAUGGAUUUAGUCUCUGUGUCAAUGGCUGUUGGAUUUGCGGGUGGUGAGGAAUGUGGUUUUAUUUUUAUUUUUUCUGCAUCUGUUAAUAAAUGUGUUUUAAAAGGCUCCAAUGA